CUGGUAUGUCAGAAGAUAGCGACUACACCAGUGAUAUCAAUGCUCCAAUACAUCUAUAUAAUAGUCCUCAUCAUAACGUUAGUGUGCAUCAAAUUGAUGCGCGUUUCCCACAUAUCGAAGAAUAUCACGAUCGGAGUCAACUUCCAGAUCCAAUGUAUUAUGAUUAUCAAAGAGAACCUGAGAUGUAUGAUGAGUAUGGGGAGGACUAUUAUUCUGAAUAUCCCGACCGAAUGUAUGGAGAUUAUGACCCUGAAUAUGAUAGAUACGAAAGAGACUAUUCAGAUCGAGAGUAUCCAGAUCAAGAGUUUCCGGGUAGGGAUUAUACAGAUUAUGCUGAUCCACGUGAUUAUCCUGAAGGCACUGAUCUGCGAGAUUUUCCAGAAGGCACUGACCCACGAGAUUUUCCAGAAGGCAUUGAUCCACGUGAUUUUCCAGAAGGCACUGAUCCACGUGAUUUUCCAGAAGGUUCUGAUCCACGAGAUUUUCCAGAAGACAGGUAUGACAAUGAUUAUCCGGAAGACUACCCACGAGAGGGCUACCCUCGUGAUGGAGAUUAUCGACCAGAAGAAGACUACUACAGUGAUAGGGACUAUCCAUCACCCCCUCGACGGCGAGAUGAUUUUUCCGACUCACCACGUCAUAGUUUGUAUAAUUCACCAAAACAUAGUUUUCAGGAGCAAUUUUUAGAUUCUCCAAGAACUGGUCGACGAAGUUCUCGGAGAAAUAGUCGUCAAGAAGAUUAUUUGUAUGAUUCUCCUCGAGGUAGUCGUACCAGCUCUCCUCUCCCGCACAGAGGUGAAUUUUUAGACUCUCCAAGAGGAAGCAGACAUAGCUCUCCACGUUCAUUUCAUCGAGACGACUAUGGCCUACUAAGAGAGGGCUCCCUCCAAAGUGAUAUUGAUCUGGAGCCAAUUAAUUUCAGAAAAAUUGGACCUGGAUCCAGUAGUGGUACUGUUGGUAGCAGACAGUCAUUGCUUGCUGUUGAAGGAGGACAUCUUGGAAGUGGACAUUCAUUACCGACUGACAGCCCAAAGAGCAGUAGAUUAGGAUCAUCACUAGACAUGAGUCGACAGAGUACAAUAGAAGAUAUGAGAUUGGAUCCCCCUGAUUUGGAUGAUUUGGAUGACGAUGACUACCUUCCAGAAGACACUCAACCAUCUCCUGCUAAAGUCAGGUGGAUCAGCGCAUUCAAUAAAGUUCGCAUGCAUUUACAUGAG